ACUAGUCUAGCAUCUAGACUAGAUCUAUAUAGACAUAUCUAGAUUCUAGAUACUAGAUCUAGUCUAUUUUAGUAAACUUAGUUUAUCUAUAAUCUAAUCUAGUCUAUAGAUCUAUAUUGGUCUAGUUCUUAGAUCUAGAGAUUUAACAACAAUGAAUGUAGCCAGGCAGAUUUUGUGCAGAGCUGCAACUUGCAGUUCUGUUAGAAACAUAAUGGUCAGUAGAGUUGGAUUUUUAGAAAGGUCUUUACCCCAGAUGUCAGUUCAUGAGGUACAUUCAAAGCUUGAAAAUUGUAACAGAUUAGCAUCAACCAGCAUUAGACUCUGCUCUACUGCAGCUAAAAAAUUUGAAGUUAUCAAUGUCCAAGAUGAAGAAGAUUUUAAAAAAAGAGUGAUUGAAGCUAGCAAUAAUACACCAGUUGUUGUUGAUUUUCAUGCUACGUGGUGUGGUCCAUGUAAACUUUUAGGCCCAAGGCUUGAAAGUAUAUUAGCAGAAGAAGGCAAAGUUAUUAUGGCUAAAGUAGAUAUUGAUGAAAUUUCAGAACUUGCAAUGGCAUAUGGAGUCAGGUCAGUUCCAACAGUGAUUGGUUUGAGAAAAGGUCAAGUGUGUAACCAAUUCAUUGGUUUAGUUGAUGAUGAUCAGAUCAGAACAUUUGUUAAAAAAUUAGUGGUGUCAUGAUGAAAUAAAACAAACACUGUACACUAAACAUUAUAUAUAUAGAGAUUUUUUUGCCAUUAUCACUGUAAAAAAAAAAGUAUAAAUAUUUUUAAAUUAUGUACGCUACCCCAAAUACAUAAAUUUUAUGCUGGCCUAUAAAAUAAUAUGGAACAUAGCAAAACUUAUUUCUAGUUAUAAAUUGAAGAGAAAAAAGGUAUGAUCCAUUGUAUUUUUUUUUUAAAUUUGUUAGUCAAUUAUUUAUCAUCUUCAACAAAAAUAUUACCUUGAUAAAAUUCAUUUGUUUUAUAAUUUAGAAUAAAGUUAUUAACCUAAAUCAAUAAUUUAUAUUUCCCUCUGAGUAUGGCUUAUAAAGUAAAAAUAAACCAGCUUGUACUAGAACAGUCCAUUAUGUUUUUUAAGCAAUUUCAGGUACAUUGAAAUAUAGAAAAUAUUAGAUUUCACUGAUUUGUCUAUCAUUCAGUUAGCCCUCAUUACAACUGUAUUCUAUUACUGUGUGUGCAACAUUACAAAAAAUAUCAAAAGUUUAAAGGAUUGUUGACUAUAUUGAUACAUUUCCAAAGAUUCUAACAAACUUUUGCACUGUUUGUGAUGGGCUUUCUGAAGUUUUUAAAAAUGAUGACAUCCCACAUAAAAAACAAUGUGUUAUAUAUGCCAGAGAUGUUUUAUUGAGAGUUUGGUUAAGCCAUUAGUGCUUUACAUCCAGCUGUGUGAUUGUGUGACCAGAUUUACUCCAUAGAUUUUGUUCAUUGUUGUUAGCUUCUGCUCAUUGGUUUUGAUGUGAAUAAAAAUAUAUUUGAAUACAAA